CUCACAGUCUUCUGGGUUUUUCCAUCAAUAUCCCUCUCUCCUUCAGCUUCUCGCAACAAUCCCUAGACAACCCAAUAAACCCCUAAUCUCUCCUUCUCUCAAAGUUGCAACCUUUCACUCCCAAUCUCUCUCUCUCUCUCUCUGAUGCUCUGUUCUUAGCUCCUCAGCAGAGUUACUGCAAAGUUAUCUUCUUUUAGGGAAUUGGAUUCAGUAAAGGUUGAGAUUCUCUGUUUGAUUCCGUAGUUAACUUGUAUCGUUGGAUUUUGAAUUGAAUUUUAUCACUUGACGUCCUGGGUUUAGCUGAUACUUGGAGGAUCUGAGUAUCUGAUUAGUUGCUAGUCUUGGGCACGCUUAAAGAUUCGAACUUUGAAUAAAAUCUCAGAUUUUGACAGUAGGGUUAAGGUAGAUUCUAUCGAAUUUCAGUUGGUUUUUGAUUGGGAAGAUGACUGUUGAGGAAGUUAGUGACGGUUCUGUGUGGAGUAGGGAAGAAGAUAUUGCGUUUGAGAGAGCUCUUGCUACCUAUACAGAUGAAUCAGAGGAGAAGUGGGAGAAGAUAGCUGGAGAUGUUCCGGGGAAGAGUGUUGAACAGAUUAAAGAACAUUACGAGGUUUUAGUUGAAGAUGUUAGAAGGAUUGAAUCAGGAUGUGUGCCACCUCCUGAUUAUGGUUCUCCUGAUGAGCAUGGUGGUGAUGAGGGAGGAAGCAGUAAGAAAGGAGGGAACAGUCAUGUGGGUGAGUCUAACCAGGGAAGUAAAUCAAAGUCGGAACAAGAACGACGAAAGGGUAUUGCUUGGACAGAGGAUGAACACAAGUUGUUUCUUCUUGGUUUGCAUAAGUACGGGAAAGGAGAUUGGCGUAGCAUUUCUCGUAACUUUGUGGUAACAAGAACACCAACCCAAGUCGCCAGCCACGCUCAGAAGUAUUUCAUCCGUCAAAACUCAAUGAACAAAGAGAGAAGACGAUCAAGCAUUCACGACAUCACCAGUGUUGGCGAUGCAGAUGUCUCAACGCCUCAAGGACCCAUCACUGGUCAGAACAACACCAACAACACAGGUUCCACUGCUGCUGUUGCUGGAGGAGGAAACAAAUCAGCCAAGCAAGCCACCUCUCAACCACCACCGGGACCUCCUAUGUAUGGAACACCCACCAUAGGUCAACCAGUAACUGGACCGUUGGUCUCAGCAGUUGGGACACCAGUGAACCUCCCAGCUCCACCUCACUUGGCUUUUGGAGUCCAUGCUGCUCCAGUCCCUGGUGCACCAGUGAGCAUGGGUCAGAUGCCGUACACUGUUCCGCGUACACCAACUGCUCAUAGGUAACGUCUGAAAGAGCUUUGUUGUAGUAGUGUGCUCUAAAGGUUUUAGGUGUAAGAAAGAUGUGUAAAGGUUUUUAGCGUUUAUUCAAGCUUUGCUCCUUGAGUGAGCUUUUCUUUUAUUACUUUAGUUUGUUGAAGAUGUCCGAAUAAUAGAGUAAAGAUCAAAUGAUUAGUUCCAGAAACUUUAUUGUGAACACAAUAAAAGCUUAUGUGCCAUGAUUUGAAACAA